GCUGCAGCUUCAGAUUGUGCCUUUGCUUUCGAUGCAAUCAUUGAACGUUUUAAAUGGGAAAAAAUAGGACUACUGGUAUUGAAUAGCCCGCGGAUGGCUCCGGUUGCUGCUCUGUUUAAGGAAGAGAUUGGAAAGGGGAAUAUAACUGUAGGAGCUGAAAUACUGUUUAAUAUUGAUGGAUCAUCACCUGAUGUCAUUUGGGAAACAUUAAAGGACAUUCGGAUAUUUGUUGCAUUUGCUCCCCAUAUGGGUUCGCUUGGCAUAUUACCUCUACAAUUUUUGUUAUGCAAGUUGUACAAGCACGGAUUCUACGGAAGACAUCAUGUUAUAUUAUCUUACUACCCAACGGUACAAGAACAGUGGGAUUCGGUUCACGAAACGGAUUUUGAAUGUUCAAGAUCCAACAUGUUUGAGGUUCUUCAAGGAGCCUUGGGAUGUUCUCUCAGCGUAUCAACCCUUUUGGGAAAAUAUGACGAUGAGCGGCAUUUUAAAACAAACCAGACAUAUGCUGAGUUGAGGUCUAUUAUUAGGCCAAGAAGCAAUGUCGAGGUGAGACGGUACUUUCAACCAAUUCUGUAUGACACUAUUUGGGCAAUUGCAUUGGCUUUAAAUGCAACUAUUCAUGAUGUGGAAUAUGGAGUCAACGACGUUAAGAAUUACAAACUAAAUGAAGACAUGACAAAACCAUUAUUGGAUUCGCUGUAUGGUAAUCUACUCAAUGUCAACUUUCAAGGAAUAUCGGGUCACUUCUAUUACAACAACACUAGGGGCUUCAGACAGUUCAAGACCUACAUUGGACUUUUUGGAUCUAAUGGUGAAUUGUCGACGAGCAUUGGAUACGUUGAAGUGGAUAAGAAAAGGGUAGUAAUUUCACAAUCUGAUGACAUUAUAUGGAAAUCGAAAGGUGGCGCUGCCCCACCCGACCGGGAAAUCAAGCAAUAUCAACGCAAGCGUAUCAGUAGUGCCGCCAUUUUUGUGCUCUCUGUCAUUGCGGCCAUUGGUAUAGUUCUAGCGUUGAUCUACAUUAUAUACGCAAUCAGCCAUGGAGGCCAUUUGAUGAUCAAAGACGAGUGGCCGAUAAUAACAAGUGUAAUAAUUGUUGGCUGUAUCUUACUAGACGUUUAUGUUUUGAUUCACGUAGCUGAUCUAGAGACUGGAAUACACCCAGAGCCCCUCCAUGUUGAUAUGUGUAAGGCAACCACGGGGCUACUAAUAUUUGGCUUCACGUUCUUUUGUGGCGGCAUGACGGUUAAACUGUGGGGUGUUUACAAGUUUUUCAGUCAGGACAAAACGAAAGUGAUACAAGAAGCGUGGCUGAUGUUAAUCUUUUUCUUUCUUCUUGUUGCUGACGUUACACUGGUUGCUGUAUGGUUCGUCACAGAUCCCAUGAUUGCAAAUGAAAAGGAAAUUAGCUCAACGUUGGACGAUGAUACAUCAGUCAGAACGAUUACGGUGAUGAUCACAUGUGAAUCAAAAUACAAAACAUAUUUUCUCAUCGCCACCCUGUGUUACAAGGCAAUUGUGUUACUGAUUGGUGGAUUCAUAGUUUGGCCUGCUUUGUUCAUGUCUGUGAAGAAAGGCUUCGUUCAUUUCUCUGAGUUUGUUAUCGCUGUGUUUACUAGUUUGUUGGUCAGCAUUUUGCUGGUUGUUAUAUCGUUCAUGAUCCCGACUGAACCGAAUGCUUUGUUCAUCAUUAAUGGAUGCCU